AUGGCAGGACACAUGAGUGUGCUCCCUUAUCGUUGCUAUCUGCUUGCGCUCUUAGCCAUAGCUGGCGCCGUAUUUACGACUCCGGCGACCGCUUUCGUGUGGAGAAAGGGCAACCAGUUUCUGAGGGACGACGGGUCGGUGUUCCUCUUCAACGGCUUCAACGCUUACUGGAUGAUCGUCGAAGCGGCGGCGUCGCCUUCUCCGGAGGCCAGCAGGGUCUCUACGGCGUUCCGGGAGGCGGCGGCCGCGGGGCUCUCCGUCUGCCGGGCCAUGGCCUUCAAUGACGGCGGCGAGUUGGCGCUUCAGCAGUCGCCGGGUGUUUACAACGAAAACGUCUUCAAAGCUCUGGAUUUCGUGGUAUCGGAGGCUAAAAACCAAGGGUUCCAUCUAAUCAUGCCCCUGGUGAACAACUGGAACGCCCUCGGGGGCAGAGCACAGUACGUGAAAUGGGCUCGCGCUGCCGGUGAAAAUGUAUCGACCGACGAUGAUUUCUACACCAAUCCCACCAUCAAGCAAUACUACAAGAAUCACGUACUGAAAGUGUUAACGAGAGUGAACACUUACACCAACGUAGCUUACAGAGAUGAUCCCACGAUCAUGGCUUGGCAGCUCAUAAACGAGCCCCGUUGCUUCGCCGACAUCUCCGGACGAACUGUCACCGCUUGGGUCCAAGAGAUGGCGGCAUACACCAAGUCCGUAGACAAGAAUCACCUCCUCGGGACAGGGAUGGAGGGCUUCUAUGGGAGUUCCACCCCGGACAAGAUCCAACGAUACAAUCCAGUAGCAUAUCAGGCGGGCACCGACUUCAUCACUGCUCACCAAGUCAACGAGAUUGACUUUACGAGCGUCCAUAUCUACCCAGACAAAUGGUUGCCGCAAGGCCCGCAACAGAGCGAGGAGAAUCAAAUAGCGUUCAUGCGGCAGUAUCUGUGGAGCCAUUCCAAUGACUCGAUGAAGGUGUUGCAGAAGCCGAUGGUGGUGGGGGAGUUCGGGAAUAAUAGGAUGAACCCGGACUUCUCCGAGCAGUCGCGGAACAACUACUUCUCGGCGGUGUACGACACCUUUUAUAGGAUCGCGAGCGUCAGCUACUCUUUGGGGGGCGGAAUGUUUUGGCAACUGUUCCCGGAGGGCAUGGAGAAUUACGAUGACGGUUUUGGGAUCGUGCUGCCGCAGAAUCCCUCGGUGGCUGCGAUCAUGAAGAAGCAUUCCGACGAUAUGAGAGCGCUCGCCGGCCGAGCGUGA